GGACACGUGUGGUGUGCAGGGAGCUGUGCUGCAGUUUCACGUUUCAGGUGAGCUGCUUUCAAAUAAUGGAGUCCAGAUUGCAUCAGUUCAUUUAAGCCCUGCUCUGCUAUUGGUAGGGACAGCGUGGGCUCGGGGCCAAGCCCUGCCUGUGCUGCUGCCAGAGUCUGUAUCAGAUUUAAGGCACAUGCUGCUGCAAGCUUUCAUGGAGGCUGGGAAAAACCUCUUCACGCGGGGUUGGAUUACAGCGCCGGGGCUCAAAACAUCAGCCGCGACACCACCACCCAGCAGCCUGCCCAGCGCACGGCAGAGCAGCCUGCUGACUGCUCCUGGACCACAGAUGGGUUGUGAAUGCCUCUUUGUGUCUGGCUGGGUGAGAAAUGAACUUUAACUGGAAUGCAGCCGUGAUCCCUGCGAGCGUGCAGAUGCAGACAGCCAGCCAGCCGCUUAAACCCUCAGAAUGAGCUGCUCGCAAGUCUGCGCUGCGAGGAGGCACAUCCCUUAGAUGAACUUGCAAGUGUUUGAGCAGUGGAGAGCCAGGUGCUGACUGCUGGAUGCUGGAGCCCUUGGAGAGUUUGUAGGAGAACUUGUGGAAGCUUUUCUGUUCCGCCCUGGUGCUAGAGAAAUGCCUUUUGGAGGGGACGCCUGCAGCCGCAGCACUCCGAGCGCGUAGCGACCUGUGGGUUCCCGAGCUCAGGAUGUACAGCCCCUGGGCAACUCUGAAUGUGUUCAUGGUCUCCUUUCUGCAGCUGCUGCAAGGCUCGGACUAUGGCAACGGCUCUGUGAAGAGGACAUCUCUGUCAGCACUGGAGCGAUCAGAGCAGCAGAUCAGGAGAGCAUCCAGCCUGGAAGAGCUGCUCCGUAUCACCCACUCUGAGGACUGGAAGCUGUGGAAGUGCAGGCUGAAGCUCAAGAGCUUGGCCAGCUUGGACUCCCGGGCUGCAUCGCACCGCUCCACCAGAUUCGCUGCUGCCUUCUAUGACAUCGACACGCUGAAAGUCAUAGAUGAGGAGUGGCAGAAGACCCAAUGUGUGCCCAGGGAAACCUGCGUGGAGGUGGCCAAGGAGCUGGGCACAACCACCAACAAGUUCUUCAAGCCUCCCUGCGUGACUGUGUUCAGGUGUGGGGGCUGCUGCAACGAGGAGAGCCUGAGCUGCGCCAACACCAGCACCACCUACGUCUCCAAAACGCUCUUUGAGAUCUCAGUUCCCCUGACAAGUGUUCCUGAGCCCGUGCCAAUCAAAGUUGCCAACCACACAGACUGCAAGUGCCUGCCGAGCAGCCAGCGCCAUCAGUACACCAUCAUCCGGAGGUCUGUCCAGUACCCAGAAGAGGAUGGGUGCCCCUUUACCGACAAGCUUUGCCACAGUGGCUGGAUCUGGGACAGUGACAGGUGUGAGUGUGUGGUGGAUGUGCAGCAGCCCAGCCAGCGAGAAGAGCUCCCACCCCUGGCUGAGCUGGCCAUGUGUGGACAGCACAUGGAGUUUGAUGAAGAGAACUGUGAAUGUGUCUGCAGACAGAAGUGUCCCACGGAUUUCUUCCAGAGUAGGGAGAACUGCAGCUGCUAUCUGUGCCGGGAGAGCCAGGAGAGCUGUGCUCUCAGGCACAAGAUAUUUCACCCCGAGACCUGCAGCUGUGAGGACAAAUGUCCCUCACAACCCAGAACGUGCCCAGCUGCCAGACCAGCAUGCCCCAGGCACUGCCGCUGUCCGAAGGAGAAGAGAGGUUCUCACGGGUCCCAGAGCAAGGAAACUCCUUGACUGAGCUUCCCCAGCCUUCCACAUCCGCUGCUUUGCAAAGUAGCUGCCACUGACUCUCAAACAGUAGCAAACAGGAACCUCUUCACAGCAAGAGCAGAAGAAUGAAUUCAGGCUGCAUUUAUUUAUGACUCACUAACUGCAGGGCAGUCCUCUGGGACCCUGCUAACUGCUCUCUGAGAGGCUCCAGGACUCACAACUACUGCAACAAAGAGUGGACAGAGCCACCACAGCCUUCUAAAAGGUGGAGCUGGCACCUUGGUGGCAGUCACAGUCCCCAGAAGGCCUAUCAGAAAUUGGCAGGAGUUGAUCUCAGUCUCCCAGUCCUUGGCUAAAGCAGCUCAUGGGUGGAAGCUCCCCAGCAAUGCCACGUAGAGGACUGGGCAGGGUCAGCACCGACUGCUCUGAUCUCCUGCCCAGCUCCCUCCACCAGCACCUGAAGAUCCUUGUACAGCUGCUGUCAGAUGUGCCAUAUUUAAGUGUACAUAGGAAAAUAAAGGCAUCAGUCAUUCAA